AUGCUUUCCAUCUACCAGGAUGUUAUUAAAUAUAUUAUUACUGGCAAUGAGUCUUGGAUCUAUGGUUACGCCCUAGAACCAUACAAUAAAUCGGCCGAAUAUCCUGGCAAAGAUGAGCCGAAGCCGAAAAACCGCGUCACAAAAUUCUUCGCCAUCGCUACCUUCGCCGCCGUCUUGGCCUGCGCCUUCGCUGAUGUUUCUGAGUUGGGUUAUGCCUACAGCCAACCCGCUGCUAGCGCUCCAGUGAACGCCUACAUUCCACCUGCAGCUAGCGCUCCAGCUCCAGUCUUCUCUGCCCCAGCCCCAGCACCAGUCUACUCUGCCCCAGCCCCAGCUCCAGUCUACCAGCCAGCUGCCGCUGCUCCAGCACCAGUCUACUCUGCCCCAGCCCCAGCUCCAGUUUACCAGCCAGCUCCAUCUGCUCCAGUCUCAUCAUACAUCCCACCUGCACCAGCUGCCGCUGCCCCAGAACCAGUCUACUCUGCCCCAGCCCCAGCUCCAGUCUAUCAGCCAGCUGCCGCUGCUCCAGCUCCAGUUUACUCUGCCCCAGCCCCAGCUCCAGUUUACCAACCAGCUCCAUCAGCCCCUGUCUCAUCAUACAUCCCACCUGCACCAGCUGCCGCUGCCCCAGUACCAGUCUACUCUGCCCCAGCCCCAGCUCCAGUCUUUGCACCACCUGCUCCAGCGCCAGUAUAUCAGCCAGCGCCUGCGCCAUCCGCUCCCGUAUCUUCUUACAUCCCACCUGCACCAGCUGCCGCUGCACCAGAGCCAGUCUACCAGCCCGCUCCAGUCUACCAACCCGCACCAGCUGCUCCAGCACCAGUCUAUCAGCCAGCUCCUGCGCCAUCCGCCCCCGCAUCUUCUUACAUCCCACCGGCACCUGCCGCCGCUGCACCGGAGCCAGUCUACCAGCCCGCGCCAGCUGCUCCUGCUCCAGUCUACCAACCAGCUCCUGCACCAUCGGCACCAGCUUCCUCGUACAUCCCACCCGCACCACAACCUGCUGCAUCUGAAGUUUACGAACAACCUGCUGAGGAUGGUUAUAGAUACCGUACCGUUCGUCGCCGUGUCUACAAACAGCGUCGCUUCUAA